UUGCUUGUUGCUAAAGGGAGCCUAGGCGAGCUUCUCCCCGCCCACGUCCUCCGAUUUCUUCUCUUCUCCCCGGCUCUUGCCCCCCAUUCCUCGACCCAGGCAUCCCAGGCGCUGUCUGUAACACGAUCCCGGGGCCGUAUAUCCCCGAGUAGGCGGGCGGGCGCUUUUCCCGCUGGCGCGGAGGAGCAGAGCCGGUGCCACAUCACGCACAAAGGGCGCCCCGGCAUGUGGCUCCUGUGGCUCCUGUGCCUGGAGGGGGCUCUGGCCAGCAGCACCCCGGAGCCCGCCUCCCCUCCUGCCUGCCAGCCGGGCUCCAGAGCUCAGGCUCAGUGCCAAACUCCGACAGAAAGCAAAGGAAAAUGUGUUGAUAUCAACUUGACUUCCUGCAAUGAUGUGUCUUAUUCACAAACAAUGUAUCCCAAUUUGCUGGAUCAAGAAACCAGAGCAGUUGUUGAACACAGCUCUGAAUAUAUCUUGAUGAGUGUGAUCCACAACCUGCUGCAGGGGGAAUGCAAUCCCGACCUGAGACUUCUGGCCUGCUCCGUUAUGGCCCCAAAAUGUGAAGAAGGAAAAGCCAUCAGGCCUUGUCGUAAAACAUGUGAAAUGCUGAGAAAAAAUUGCCUUGCUGCCUUUGAUGCCAUUGAUAUGGCUUGGCCGUACUUCUUCGACUGCGAUCGAUUCUUUGUCGAUGAGGUGGAAGGAUGCUUUGAUCCAUUAGCAAAGCUGAGAGGGGAAACAGAAUUUGUAGAUGAUACACCCAAUGUGGCACCAGCCUUCAUUCAGUUCACCCACCACUCAUUCCCCCAAAUGGUAAGAGUACUGAAAAAGACAGCAUCCAGGUGCUCCCAUAUUUCCAGGAUGUACAGCAUUGGUCGCAGCUUUGAAGGGAAAGAUCUCUUUGCAAUUGAAUUUUCUACUAGCCCUGGACACCAUGAAUUGCUUAAGCCAGAAUUCAAAUAUAUUGGCAACAUGCAUGGAAAUGAAGUUGUGGGAAAAGAAUUGCUGAUCUACCUUGCCCAGUAUUUGUGUUCUGAAUAUCUCCGUGGGAACUCCAGAAUCCAAACACUUAUAAAUAAUACUCGAAUACACCUUCUUCCUUCCAUGAAUCCAGAUGGAUAUGAACUUGCAGCAGAAGAGGGAGCUGGUUAUAAUGGUUGGGUCAACGGAAGGCAAACAGCUCAGAAUCUUGAUCUUAACAGGAAUUUCCCAGAUUUGACAUCUGAAGCGUACAGAUUGGCAAGGAUCAGAGGGGCACGUACUGACCAUCUGCCUAUUCCUCAGUCUUACUGGUGGGGUAAGGUAGCACCAGAGACAAGAGCUGUUAUGAAGUGGAUCACCUCCAUCCCAUUUGUACUAUCUGCCAGUCUCCACGGGGGUGAUUUGGUGGUUUCUUAUCCUUAUGAUUAUUCAGUGCAUCCACUGGAAGAAAAAAUGUUCUCUCCUACCCCAGACGAGAAGAUGUUCAAGCUGCUUUCUAAAACCUAUGCAAAUGCACACCCUGGCAUCUCAGACAAGUCAGAAAUGCGUUGUGGUGGAAAUUUUGUGAAACGAGGGGGCAUCAUAAAUGGUGCUGACUGGUACAGCUUUGCUGGAGGAAUGGCAGAUUUUAAUUACCUUCAUACCAACUGUUUUGAAAUAACGUUGGAGCUUGGAUGUGAGAAGUUUCCUUUAGAAGAUGAACUUCAUUUACUUUGGCAGCAAAACAAGGAAGCCCUUCUAAGGUUCAUGGAAAUGGUUCAUUGUGGAAUAAAAGGAGUCGUAUCUGACAAAGUUGGAAAUCCAAUAAAGAAUGCUCGAAUUUCAGUCAAAGGCAUCCGUCAUGAUAUUCUUACAGCUGCUGAUGGAGAUUAUUGGAGACUCUUGCCUCCUGGAACAUACAUUGUCAGUGCCCAGGCUCGUGGUUAUAGUAAACUCUUGAAGAAAGUGACUUUGCCUGCCAAAAUGAGAAGGGCUGGACGAGUGGACUUUGUCUUGAGGCCCCUCAAUGGUAAAACCCCACACCUUGUCCGUGACUCUGCAAAUGAGCAGUAUAAUCCACUGGAACAUUUUGACCCUCAUGCGCAACAUACCCAGCAUGAACGGAGAGGAGAUGGAAGGCGAUCUGUCCAGCCAAGGCAGAAGCCCUGGUGGUGGUCUUACUUCAGCGCUCUAAAUCAGCCCAGGCCUUUGUGGCUGCUUAAAUACCAAUGAACUAUUUUAUGUUGCACCCUUCACCCACUGUUCACAUUAGCAAUUUAUUGUUUUUCCAAAGCUAUUUUUGGAUGUUAGUAGAAGUCUUUAAAUAGGAUUCAUCAGUGAAUAUACCAUAGUCUUGCUUUUGUUUGUCUGUGUUUUACUUCUCUGCAUAUGACAUUUUGCCUAUUAAAAUUAGUACUCUCUUCAA